GCUUCAACGGCGGUUUAAAACAAAAAAAAAAGGGACAGCGCUUGGGCUGGUGGCGUGUGUGUAAGUGGAAGGCGGGGGGGAAUUAACGUUACCGCGACCGCCCCCUUGGCCAACGGAUCCUUGCAACGGUCGCGUUUGGCUCAGCUCCUUCGCCAGUCAUGUGAUUGUAACGUAAAACCCCCUAACCGGAAAACAACCGACGACCCUCUCCGCCGCCGAACAAGCAGCUCGCAAAGCUGCUGGGAGCCCGGAGAGGACGGACGUGUCCCCGCCCGGUGACAAACAACCACAAAAACAAGCGGCGGUGGCGUCACGGCAACGAUAAUUUAGACAGACGAGCAGCGGAUAAGGUUGAAGAAUGGAGUUGGCCAACCACGGUCUUAUCCUGCUGCAGCAGCUCAACGCUCAGCGAGAGUUCGGCUUCCUGUGUGACUGCACGGUGGCCAUCGGGGAUGUGUUCUUUAAGGCCCACAAGGCCGUGCUAGCCGCUUUCUCCAACUACUUUAGGAUGCUCUUCAUCCACCAGGACAGUGACUGCGUGCGCCUGAAGGCGACGGACAUCCAGCCCGAUAUCUUCAGCUACCUGCUCAACCUGAUGUACACUGGCAAACUGGCCCCCCAGCUCAUAGACCCCACGCGUCUGGAGCAGGGCGUUCGCUUCCUGCACGCCUACCCUCUCUUGCAGGAGGCCAGCCAGUCGGUAUACGUGCACCCCGAGCAGAGCAUCAACCUCUCCACCUCCCUCUACGGCAUCCAGAUCGCCGACCAGAAGGCGGCGCUGUCGGCACACUUGCCCCUCUCCUCGCCCGUCGACAUGGAAACGCUAGGCUCCGAGGCCCAGUACCCAUCGGUGGCGGCGUCAAAGCCGGCCGCUUCCCCUCCGGAAGCGGAGGCGUCCACCAGCGGCGUCCAACCCAACGCUGAGGAGGCGCAGUCGCCGAGCGCAGACGGGGGCGCCAACGCCAAUGCCAUCCUGCACGUGAAGCCGAGCAUCAUGAAGAGGACCUCGUCCUUCCGGAAGCACUACUCCUGUCACAUGUGUCGGAGUCGCUUCAACCAGAGGAGCCUGUUGAGGGAGCACCUCCUACAGCACGCCCAGGUGGUGGAGAAUGCCCUCUCCCCGGUAACGGUCGCCGAGCAGAGCGCGCCGGAGGCCGAGGGCUACCUGAAGGCAAACCGAGUCGCCGCCUCAGAAAUCAUCAGCGACAGCGAGCAGAUGCCUGCCUCCGGCAACAACUCGGACUCGCCCCGCGCCGAGGUAUCCGCCUGCGGGUGGAGCGCGGGCGGCCUCAACUCCCAAGCGGACACGCCGCCCCCCUCGGACAUCGCUGACAUCGACAACCUAGAGAACGGCGAUCUGGACCGUGAGCUGAAGCGGCGGAAAUACGAGUGCUGCACGUGUGGCCGCAAGUUCAUCCAGAAGAGCCACUGGCGCGAGCACAUGUACAUCCACACGGGCAAGCCUUUCAAGUGCAGCGCCUGCGGCAAGAGCUUCUGCCGCGCCAACCAAGCGGCCCGCCACGUAUGCCUCAACCAGAGCGCCGACGCCUACACGCUGGUGGACCGCCAGAGCAUGGAGCUGUGCGCGGCCGGCGACGACAGCAGCCAAAUGGAGGCCAUGUUUUUGGCCACGUCCAAGCCAUACAAGUGUAACAUUUGCGCCACCACCUUCUCCAGCCCCAACGAGGUCAUCAAGCACCUUUGCUUCACGCAGGGCAGCCUGGCGGGGCUUCCGGGCGCCGCCGCCGCCGCCCUGAUGCUCCCGCACGACGAGCUCUCCAAAGACGACGGCUCGGAUCUGUCCAACUCGGGCACGCCGCUCGAGGCCAUCAAGGCCGAGGACGUCCUGGUGGAGUAGCCGCCAAAACUCCCAAUUUGCAUUUUUUUUUUCCCCUCGCUAAAUUAUAACUCCUGACUAAGCUAAAAGACGUCAGUCGGGGUUUUGUUUUUUUGUGGGAGAUCUGUUUUUGUGUAUGUUCCAUUCACAUCGACUUGAACAGAACAAGGGGAAAAUGACCACCAACAUACAGUAUCAGAAUCAUCAUUUAAGCAUUUUUAUUCAAUAUCCCACUUGUGCAUUGAAUCGUUCAUGUCCUAGCAUGCUUUUUGUGCUACUUGUACAACAAUGACUUGAGUGCACCAGUAGAGCGACUGCAUCUCCACUUAGCACACAGUUUUCCCUCUUUCGUAACAUGUAAUUGUUCUACUACUGCCAUAGACGUCACUCGUUCGACAUUGUCAUUCUGCUAGUACAUGGAGUCGUCUUACAAGCUAGGACAAUUCCGCACACCAGUUAGGACAUUGAAUAAAUGCUUAAACGUCCCACCUCGCUCGAGCUGCGGUGAGACCGUUAACCUUCAAACAGGAAGCGAGGGGCCCAACAUGCAGGUUAGGCCUUUAGUUGUGAGGCCGAGGCCAAUGCCGAUCACGCUCGCAAACACGUACGCCCGAGACAAUCUGUGAUCUUGACGUCUUCCACUUUUGUGUUCAGCAAAAUUGAGAGAAAACAAUGCACCUUUUUCAUCGGAGCGUUCACCCACCGGGAAGCACGCUUACUUUCCUCAACAUUGAACAAAGAGCAAGUAAAAGCAUCAAUGAAAACUUGAAUAUACCCCUUUCAAACAAAUAUUUCUAAUUUUGUACACAGUGGUAUGAUUUACAAAAGAGUCUAUUGUGAUGAAAAUGUAGCCUUCAGAGUAGAAAUGCUUUCGAUUUAGCAGAUCCACGUGGAUGGGCGAGACAAAAAGUUUGAACUGUAGCCUUAAAUAAAUGAACUUGUUAGACUAGUAGUUACUGCCUGAUCAGAUAGGUGUCCAUGGGUUCCAACCCUAGAAAAAGCAGUCAAAUGAUGCAUUUCAUUCAAAAGCAUGUAUCUCGAGUGUUUUGUUUGAAUCACCAAAAUGUCUUUUGAUCUGAAUAUAACGGAAUCAAUAGAAAUGCGAAAAGAAAGUUUUUAUUUAAAAAAAAAAAAAAAAAGGGGGGGGGGCGUUUUAUAGUUUUGGUCCACUUUGUAUUGCAAAAUGUGCCUGUGUCAAUUUGUUUUAUCCAAACUGUUUUAUUUUUAAACACGCACAUUUUGAGAUACACGCUUUUCUUUGGAUAUGCUUUCCUCUAUAGUUAUUGUUACACUAGGUGAACCCAUGUUCUCUUCAUCUAGAGUUAGUUGGUUGGAAUUUUCUUCAAAGAUGCAAAGAUAAUGUGGUUGCGUUGUUGCAGUUACUCCAGUUUUGUGGCUAGAUGGCGCUGUAUAACCGUGCUGCAGUUGCACCAACACGCACACGUUCGUGCUGCUCACAGGAACAUUUCGAAUAUUUUCUUUAAACCAUUCACUGCUCAGUGAGUGUGUGUGUGUGUGCGCAACCUGUCGGCUAUCUCAGGAAGAUAAUGUUUGGCACCGUCCUGCAUACUUGUGUGUCCCAUGUUGUGGCGACAUCAGGACGAGUCCAUCCCAUAAUACUUGAGUAACAAAUGCUGAUGUUCCCUCUCAAAGCUCGUCUGACAUCUACUGUGAUCAAUAUGUGCUCUCAGGAAUGUGACUAUUUUUUUCCUUUCGAUUGUUAACAGCUCUGUUGUUGUUUUUUAAGUGAAAAGGAGACAAUAAAAUGUGUUUUU